AUGUUGGGACUAAACUACACCUCUGUGUCUGAAUUCAUCCUCAUCGGUUUCUCCACCUUCCGGAAGCAUCUCCUGCCCGCCUUCUUCCUGCUGUUCCUGCGGAUGUACCUGUUCACGCUGCUGGGGAACCUGCCCAUCACGGCCGCCAUCUGGACGAGCGCAACACUCCACAUGCCCAUGUACCUCUUCCUGUGCGCCCUCUCCAUCUCCGAGGUCCUCUACACCUUUGCCAUCAUCCCACGCAUGCUGGCCGACCUGCUCUCCACCCACCACACCAUCUCCCUCAUGGCCUGUGCCAGCCAGAUGUUCUUCACCUUCACGUUUGGCCUCACCCACUCCUUCCUGCUCACCAUCAUGGGCUAUGACCGCUACGUGGCCAUCUGCCACCCCCUGCGCUACAACGUGCUCAUGAGCCCCCGUGACUGUGCCUGGCUGGUGGCCUGGUCCUGGGCUGGAGGCUCAGUCAUGGGGCUAGUGGUGACAUCAGCUAUUUUCUACCUCACCUUUUGUGGACCCAAUAUGAUCCACCAUUUCUUCUACCACAUGCCACCUCUAACAGCUCACCUUGAACAAGUUGCUUAG